AUGGAAUUGAACUACGUCGCACAGUGAAGAGGCACUAUACGAUUAGUCCUUGGAUUUGCAUUUGUUGGACAUUGUUAAAAGAAUAUCUACGCACUUCUCUCUGUUAUUUUAUUGGCUUUAUAUUUUUACAACUUUUCCCAAAACAUUACUACAUCUCUGCUUAUCACCUGGAACAUUUCCCCCGUGUGUGCCAUGGCAAAUAUUUGCUUGCAGUUGAGCGGUUUCAUCCUCAGUUGUAUUGGCUGGAUUGGAUUAAUUGUUGCUACAGCCACCAAUGACUGGGUUGUCACCUGCAAGUAUGGCAUGAACACUUGCAAGAAGAUGGACGAACUGGGAGCCAAAGGCUUAUGGGCCGAAUGUGUUAUUUCAACUGCUCUGUAUCACUGCAUGUCCCUCACUCAGAUUCUCGACUUACCUGUUUACAUACAGACGUCUCGUGCGCUGAUGAUCACCGCUUCGAUUCUCGGACUACCUGCAGUAGCUCUCGUGCUCGUGUCCAUGCCCUGCAUCAAUCUGGGAAACGAACCCGAGAGCGCUAAGAGCAAGCGGUCAGUUCUCGGAGGAAUCCUGAUUCUGAUAAUAGCGGCGUGCGGUAUCGUGUCGACCGUUUGGUUCCCGAUCGGCGCUCACCACGAGGCCGGCCUCAUGUCCUUUGGCUUCUCCCUGUACGCUGGCUGGAUCGGGUCGGUCUUCUGCCUCCUGGGCGGCUCCAUGAUCAGCUGCUGCUCAGGCGAACCAGCCGCCCAGUACGCAGAAAACCGCUACUACUACUCGAAGCAGGGGGCCACCAACCCCGUUCCACCCUCCUCCGCCAACCACGCAAAGAGUGCGCAUGUGUGAGAGGGACAAAUACAGCAAGCAGGGCUGCCACUCAAAAGGGAUAAUGCCCCGCCCCUCCUCCCUUCCUCCGCCCGCCCUCCUCCCCACACAUUCAGUUUCCAGAGGCUGCUCGGUGGCAGCGUGGAUUGUUUUUGUACUAAUAUUUCCUGCGCAGUAGAAAUUACCGUCGGCCCUUUGAAGUUCAACUGGAUUGGUUACAGCCAACAGCACGAUCUUGUGGGGAGUCUUCCAGAUGUUAUGCAACUCUUCGGCCGUGCCUCCGACUCCGCAUUAAAACAAAGGACUGAGAAAUUUGCUUCAAAGUGCAAAAUGCCUUUUAAAAGUUUUGUUUGUCAAAUAAUACAUUGCUUUUUUUCUAUUUUAAAUACUGUAUAUUUUUGUCAUGGAUGUUUAAUGUUUUAACAAAAUUUCACUAGUAUUUGUUAGCAAAUUUCAAAAUCGUACAUAUGAUAUUAUAUGAUUCUGUGUGCAAGAUGUGCCAGAAAAUGAAUUACUGUAGUAACUGGCUUUUCUGCUGAAUGACCACUCAUAUUUAGGUACAAUCGACAUAAAUGUAAAAAGUGUUUUCAAAGUUACACAAAUGACCACAGAACAGAAUUGACUCUCGAAGAUAUUCCUAAUAGGCUAUUAAAUAAAAAAUAUGUAAAACAAAUAUGGGCCAGUUUCACAGACAUAGAUUAAGCAUAGAUUAAGUACUGGGUUAAAUUGAGUUUUGUAUGGUAUGGAGAUUCUGCAUUCAAAUAGAAUUUAGUCCAGGAGUAGACUUAAUCUGUGUCUGUGAAACUGGCCCAUAAUUUUGUGUCUUGGUUAUUUAUUGCAAUACUUGUAACUGUUGUUUGUUUUGUUUCUUUAAAAAAAAGAAGAAUUAAAAUGUUUUUGCUGAA